AAGCUACCGUUCUUGGGGCCUUUGAGUUGAGCUAUUUCACUUCACCCACCGGUCUGAUUCUCCUCCGCCGUGGAAGUUGUUUGAACAAGAUUUACAUACUCACGAAUCCUCGCACUCAUCAAACUUUGCUCUCUUCUGUUCUAGUUUUCGUCAUGGUGUCUAUAGAAGAUUCCCGUUCUCACUCCCACUGCAGCUCCAACAUCUCAGCUCGUUGCCCCCGGACGCGGUCUUACUACUACUACACUCCGCCGCCGUCCUCCGCCAAAGUCAGCCGGUCAUUCGGCCGCUCCAUGCGCACUAUCCGUUCUAAUAUCUUUCAAGCGGACCAGUCCGGUCCAAUUCCGGAGAAUUCGCCGAUGGUGUCGGAGAAUCUCACCGACUCAGUUAUCGACCUCCGGCUCGGGGAGCUUGCCAAUAAAUCUUCGGGUAAUUCCAAGAGCCCCUCGUCGUCGGAUAUCGAUGAUAUGUUGGACAUCUCACGUGCGUUCACCGAUUUCUCGGCGUGCUCCAGCGACAUCUCGGGAGAGCUCCAGCGUCUUGCAACUGUCCCUGAUUCGGGCCCGAGUCCGCGUACUAGCCCAGAGGUCGAGCCGGAACCAUGUUCGGGAUUUUUGGAGAGAGAAACUUUUUCUACGGAAAUUAUCGAGAGCAUCUCGCCGGAGGACCUUCAGCCUACUGUCAAGCUCUGUGUCGACGGGUUGCAGUCGUCAUCAAUUGCAGUAAAAAGGUCCGCAGCGGCUAAAUUACGACUGUUAGCGAAAAACCGAGCUGAUAAUCGGGCCUUGAUUGGAGAAUCCGGAGCAGUUCCGGCUUUGAUUCCUCUCCUCCGUUGCUCCGACCCGAUGACGCAGGAACACGCGGUCACAGCUUUGCUUAACCUCUCCCUCCAUGAAAGCAACAAAAGCUCGAUGGGAAACGCGGGAGCUAUAAAAUCCUUAAUCUAUGUCUUGAAAACAGGCACCGAGACUUCCAAGCAGAACGCCGCCUGCGCUUUACUGAGCUUAGCUUUGAUCGACGGGAAUAAACUUUCAAUUGGUGCUUGCGGCGCAAUACCUCCAUUGGUUGCAUUGCUGAUAAACGGGUCUACUAGAGGAAAAAAGGAUGCUUUGACAACACUUUACAAGCUGUGCUCAGUAAGGCUGAACAAGGAGAGAGCGGUGACUGCCGGGGCGGUGAGGCCGCUGGUGGGGCUUGUGGGAGAGCAGGGCACUGGAUUGGCGGAGAAGGCGAUGGUGGUUUUGAGUAGCUUGGCUGGGAUUGAUAUGGGACGCGAGGCUAUCGUGGAGGAAGGAGGGAUAGCGGCGUUGGUGGAGGCGAUGGAAGAUGGUAGUGAUAAAGGGAAGGAGUUUGCAGUAUUGACUCUUCUGCAGUUGUGUGGGGAGAGUGCUGGGAACAGGGGAUUGCUUGUGAAGGAAGGAGGUAUUCCACCGUUGGUUGCACUGUCGCAGACUGGGACGGCGAAAGCUAAGAAUAAGGCUGCGAAGCUUCUUGGGUACUUGAGAGAAUCAAGAUUGGAAGCUUCUUCUUCUUCUUCCUCUUCUUCAAGUCCAUGACAGCACAGUACAUUGGUUGGUCUGUUUUAUUUCGCUUGUGUAAUGGUUUGCUGUUGGCUGUACAUAGAAAUUUGUUUUAGAUUGACUUGUACAGAGUGGUUGAGUGAUUUGAGCAAUUCUAGAUUAAAAUUAAUAAAUAAGUUAAAUAUUAGGAGCUGACCUUUUAGUUGUUCUAUCAGGAGACCUUAAUCUUCCCACUUUUGCUGACUGCUGCCCUUUGUUUUUGUUGAGGAGGAGCUAGUUUCUUCUCUUUCGUUUUGUCGUCAUCGUCCAGAUCCAUAUUCUUUGUAAGGUUUUGGUAGUUGUCUGGUAUGAUUCGAGUGUUCUUGAGUCUGUAAUAUAUACUCCUCCAGAUUGUAACAUUGAAGGCGUGGCUGUUUUCAUAGUUAGAUUCAAGGUUUCAGACAUGAAUUUUUUAAGUUUGAACAAAGAACUUCCUUGCUA